AUGAUUGUAUUAGCUGCUAGUGGUAUGGUUAGUCUUGAAGAUUUUGGUGUUUUUAUUUUCUCUGCUAUUUACAUGUUCUUUCUCUCCAAAUUUGCCUUCCCUACUCAAAUAUUUACCACCCAACAAAAACCCGUUUUUGACCCGAAUAGCAAGAUUCUUGGGUUAUACAUCCUCUUUGCCGCGGUUAUCGGGUUGUUUUUACCCAUAUUGUACAUUUCACAUGGUAUAUUAGAGGGUGAUAAAGAAGGGAUCAAAGCAGCUGUUCCUCAUGUCUUUUUACUAGCAAGUCAGGUGUUUAUGGAAGGUGUUUCGGUUUCGGAUCGGUUUUCGUUGCCUAUUCGGGUUUUUAUACCCGUAUUUUUCAAUUCGUGUAGGUUGAUCACUCUGAAAAAGUGGCUUAUGGAGGAGAUUAUGAAGGGUGGUGAAGGUUGGAAUGGUGGGUCUUAUGCUAGGUUGUGGGUUGGAAGAGCUCUUGCUAUUGCUAAUGUUACAUUGUGGUCUUAUAAUUUGUUUGGGUUUUUGUUGCCUGUUUAUCUUCCAAGAUCAUUUAAGAAAUAUUACUCUGGUAAUGGUUCAACUACUACUUCCAAGGAGGAGUGA